GGCAACAGCUUGUUCUCCAUGGCGAGCAGCACCGCUUCUCCUUCAGAUGGUCGAUCCCCACGGCUGCCGGAAACACUGUCGAGGUGCGUGACGGCGAGCGUCGCCGCUGCGCACAAUUUCGAGGUGACACGGUACUCGCUGCUCGCCGGGGUGGGCGCCGGCGAGUUCGUCACCUCGGGCACCUUCUCCAUCGACGGCCACAACUGGAACAUCCAGGUCUACCCCGACAGGUGGAAGCAGGAGAUGAACGCCGGCUACGUGUCGGUCUUCCUGUGCCUCUGCGGCGGAGCAACCGGCGUCAGGGCGAAGUACACGCUGAGCCUUUCGGAGAACGGCGGCGAGUCCGUACAACGGAGCUUGACGCAUCGGUUCGACACGGUGGGCGCCUUCUGGGGAUUCCCCAGGUUCAUGGAGAGGCCCAGGCUGCGGCAAUGGCUGCUUCGCCGCGGCCCCGGCGGCGGCGACGACUGCGUCACGUUCAGGUGCUCCCUGACCGUCAUCAGGGAGCCUCGCACCGAGGGCGUGGCCGCCGUCGCCGUGCCGCCGUCGGACAUGCGCCGGCACAUGGCGAACAUGCUGAGGGGCGGCGACGGCGCGGACGUGGUGGUGCUGGUGCGCGACCAGCCGUUCCGCGCCCACCGCUGCGUGCUCGCCGCGCGGUCGCCGGUGUUCAGGGCGGAGCUCUUCGGCGGCGGCCACAUGAGGGAGAGGCGGACGAGCUGCGUCGUCGUCGACGACAUGGAGCCCUCCAUCUUCUCGGCAUUCCUCCACUUCAUCUACACGGAUUCCUUGCCAGAAAACCCGGACACACCUGGCGAUGAUCAAGAUUGCAUGGCGAUGCAGCAUUUGAUGGUGGCAGCCGAUCGGUAUGGCCUGGACAGGCUCGUGCUGAUCUGCGAGGAGAAGCUGUGCCGCGGCAUUGACGUGCAGACGGUGGCGACGACGCUGGCUUUGGCAGAGCAGCAUCAGCGUGUAGCGCUCAAGGAUGCUUGCCUUGGUUUCAUAGUCUCUCGGGGUGUUCUUGGCGCUGUCGCUAGGACUGAUGGGUUUAAGCAUCUGCUCACGACCUGCCCGUCGAUUAUGGUGGACAUUUUAGACAAGGUUGCCAGCGUCAUGAGCAAGUAA